AUGAGGAUGACAUUGCAACAGAAAUACAAGAUACUUGUAGUCGACGACGAACCGGAUCUCGAACCUCUGUUACUUCAGCGUAUGCGGCGUGCCAUCAGGGCGGGCCGCUACGAGUUUGUAUUCGCCGGCAACGGGCUGGAGGCGCUUCACAAGCUCGAUGAAGAUGAGACCAUUGACAUGGUCCUCUCAGACAUUAACAUGCCCCAGAUGGACGGUCUGACGCUUCUCGAUCAGAUCCCGGAGGUCAACCCCAACAUCCGGUCCGUCAUCAUAUCUGCCUAUGGGGACAUGAAGAACAUUCGGACCGCCAUGAACCGGGGCGCUUUCGACUUCGUCACAAAGCCGAUCGACUUCAAGGAUCUCCAGGUCACAAUCGAUCGCACGCUGAAUCACGUAGAAGAGUUGAAAGCAGCUUUGUCCGCGCGCGAUAAGCUGGUGUCGCUGCAGAACGAACUGGACGUCGCGAGCAAUAUCCAGCAGUCCAUACUUCCCACUGAACUUCCUCAAGAACAUGACUAUCAGAUGUUCGGGAGCAUGAAAAGCGCCCGUAAUGUUGGAGGAGAUUUCUACGACGUAGUCCGUCUUCCGGACAGGCGGGUCGGGCUCGCUAUCGCGGAUGUCUCCGACAAAGGUGUACCCGCUGCGUUGUUCAUGAUGUCGACACGCACCCUGUUGAAGGGGGCGGCUAUAGGAGCGAUAAAUCCGGGUGACGUGAUAGGGACCGUAAACCAGCUUCUUUGCGAGGACAACGAAGCAGCGAUGUUCGUCACCCUCAUCUACGGAGUUUACGAUCCCGAGACCGGACGCCUGACUUACGCUAACGGCGGACAUAACCCGCCACUCAUCGUACACAGCGACAACUCUUCGACACUACUUCCGCCAACGGACGGCCUGGCGCUUGGGCUGGUACCCGGCUAUGAAUAUCAGCAGAGAACUGUGACCGUGGCCCCGGGUGAGGCGCUCGUGCUCUACACCGACGGUGUGACGGAGGCCAUGAACGGAGACGAAGAGGAGUUCGGCGUAGAGCGCCUGCAGGAUAUCUUCAAAAAGUCUAACCCGCAUGAACCUUAUGCGAUUACUAGGUUGAUUUUCGACGCAGUUGACACGUUCGCCGGUGACACUCCCCAAUCCGACGACGUAACCUGCCUGACUCUCUGCCGAGGCUGA